AUGGAAGUUUUCACAGAUAAAAUGAUUGGAUAUAUGGCUGGAGGAGCUAUAAUUGGCGACGAUGCAAAUAUAUGGAAUGCAACGCCUGGCUUUGCAGUUUCUUCUAGUGAAUUACAAUCAUUUGUGGACAUUUUCAAACCGAAUUCAGAAUACAUUUAUAAAGGUAUUAGUUUUCAUGGCGAAGUAUAUUCCGUUUCAUCCGUUUUUGACGGAAUUGCAAAAGCAAAAUCUAAUCAAUCCGGAUUAAUUAUAGCAAAAUGUCCAACGUGCUUAAUCAUCGGAUAUUAUGACGAUUUAUCGACAAUGAAAACAUGUAAUCAAGCAGUCGAAAAACUCCAAGAGCUUAUUACAAACAAUACAAAUGAAAAAGGGAUCAUUAAGCUUGAUUACUAA